GGAUGACCACACAACCUUCGUUUUCGGAUACUAUUUUCCCUUUGCCGCAUAGCCAUAGGCGGUUUCCUUUUUUUCUAUUCCAUUUUCGUCGUCCAUAUUCCAUGCUGGACGCCCAACCCGGAACCUAAAAAAGACUAGAAGAAAAUCGACGCUAAAUUUGAAUCAAGUUCUUUUGGUUAGUUUUCUCGAAGAGAUAUAAUUCAAUAUUCUUGUCAGAGCUGCUUACCCCACUUGAGAGGAAGUGAUAAACUUGAGUUUUGCCAUGUCGGUUGUUCAAUUCGAGUCUGAUCCAUUGAUAAUCAAGUUAAUCUGAACCCAUGUUUCUGCUCAGGUUACUCGCUAGAGAGAAAGUGGGCAAUAAAAUUGCGGGUCACUUUGAGGGUUAGUUUAAUUUGAGAGAUUGAGAAUUAAAGUUCAGUUGAAUUGGGUUUCAAUUUAAACCAACGAUUUCUCAGUUCGUAUUUCUCCUUUUAGUUGCUUCACCAUUUAGGUGAAGUGUGUUCAAGUCCAUCGAUUUCUUUGUUGGUGUUGCUUCAAUCUUGGGUCAGAGAAUUGAAAUGGAUCUGACUGAAGAGAUCGAAAACGAAGGUGGCAUAUGGGCUUUGGAGCAGAAGAUCGAUCAGCCAAUGGACGAAGAGGCUGGUAGGCUCAAGAAUAUGUACAGAGAAAAGAAAUUCUCAGUUAUAUUACUUCUUCGACUUGCAUUUCAAAGUCUUGGAGUUGUGUAUGGAGAUUUGGGAACUUCUCCUCUAUACGUAUUCUACAAUACAUUUCCUAAAGGAAUUGAUGAUACAGAGGAUGUUAUUGGGGCACUUUCCUUGAUCAUAUAUUCUCUUACUCUUGUGCCACUCAUUAAAUAUGUUUUCAUCGUCUGUCGUGCAAAUGACAAUGGUCAAGGGGGGACUUUUGCUCUUUACUCAUUAUUAUGUCGACAUGCAAAAGUUAAUACAAUUCCUAAUCAACAUCGAACUGAUGAAGAGUUGACAACUUAUAGUCGAAACACAAUUCAUAAGCAAUCGUUUGCUGCAAAAACAAAAAGAUGGUUGGAAGCACAUACAUUUAGAAAGAAUGCCCUUCUUUUACUUGUCCUUGUUGGCACUUGUAUGGUUAUUGGAGAUGGAAUUCUUACUCCUGCUAUUUCAGUUUUAUCAGCUUCUGGAGGUAUCAAGAUAGACCACCCUAGGAUGAGUAACGAUGUUGUAGUACUAGUUUCUGUUAUCAUAUUAUUAUUCUUGUUUAGCCUACAACAUUAUGGUCCAGACAAAGUAGGAUGGCUUUUUGCUCCAAUCGUGUUGCUUUGGUUUCUCUUAAUCGGAGGAAUUGGAAUUUUCAACAUCUGCAAAUAUGAUAAAGGAAUUUUGCGUGCUUUUUCACCCGUAUAUAUAUUCCACUACUUUAAAAGACGUGGUAAAAAUGGUUGGAUUUCCCUCGGUGGAAUCAUGCUCAGCAUCACAGGGACGGAGGCACUUUUUGCAGACCUUGCUCAUUUUCCAGUUUCAGCAAUCCAGCUGGCAUUUACAGUUGUUGUGUUUCCUUGCCUUCUUCUUGCUUAUUGUGGACAAGCAGCCUACCUUAUGAAGAACAAAGAACAUGUGUACGAUGCCUUUUAUCGCUCUAUACCAGAUGGAAUAUAUUGGCCGAUGUUUGUUAUUGCAACUCUGGCUGCUAUAGUUGCGAGUCAAGCUACUAUAUCUGCUACUUUUUCUAUAAUUAAGCAGGCUAAUGCACUCGGCUGCUUUCCUCGAAUCAAAGUUGUUCAUACAUCAAAGAAAUUUUUGGGGCAGAUUUAUGUUCCUGAUAUCAAUUGGAUUCUUAUGGUUCUCUGUAUCGUUGUAACCGUUGGAUUCAAAAAUCAAAGCCAGAUCGGCAAUGCUUAUGGCACCGCAGUUGUCGUGGUGAUGCUCGUAACAACAUUCCUCAUGAUCUUAAUCAUGUUGCUUGUGUGGCGAUGUCAUUGGAUUCUCGUAUUCAUAUUCACCGCACUCUCUCUCAUAGUUGAAUGCACCUACUUUUCAUCCGUCCUUUUCAAAAUCAACCAAGGCGGGUGGGUCCCACUCGUGAUCGCCGGAGUAUUCCUUCUCAUCAUGUACAUCUGGCAUUACGGAACCCUUAAAAGAUACGAAUUCGAAAUGCAUAGUAAAAUCUCAAUGGCAUGGAUCCUCGGUCUCGGCCCAAGCCUUGGUCUAGUCCGUGUCCCUGGUGUCGGGCUUGUGUACACCGAGCUCGCAAGUGGGGUCCCGCAUAUUUUCUCACAUUUGGUAACAAAUUUACCCGCCAUCCAUUCGGUGGUUGUGUUUGUCUGCGUGAAAUAUCUCCCGGUUUACACGGUCCCCGAAGAUGAACGGUUCCUUGUGAAACGAAUCGGGCCGAAAAAUUUCCAUAUUUUUAGAUGUGUAGCGAGGUAUGGAUACAAAGAUUUGCAUAAAAAAGACGAUGAAUUUGAGAAGAAACUUUUCGAUAAUCUUUUCUUGUUUAUAAGACUUGAAUCGAUGAUGGAAGGUUGCUCGGAUUCCGAUGAGUAUAGUGUGUUUUCCGGUGGCCAGAAAACCGUGUGUUCGCCGGAAAAUGAAACGUGUUCAUCGGUUGGUGACUGUAUCUUGCCGGAAAACAUGGCGGCGGGGAUGUCUUCCGGGAGAACGAGCAGUCAUACGGAGGUGGAUGAGAUGGAGUUUUUGUUGAGCUGUAGGGCGGCCGGAGUGGUGCAUAUAAUGGGGAACACGGUGGUGACAGCUAGGCGGGGUUCGAGGUUUUAUAAGAGGAUUUCGAUUGAUUAUAUUUAUGCUUUUUUGAGAAAGAUUUGCAGGGAGCAUAGUGUGAUCUUUAAUGUUCCUCAUGAGACCCUUUUGAAUGUUGGGCAAGUGUUUUAUGUGUAACACUUAUUUCAUUAAUGAAUUUAAAUUUAGUUCUA